AUCAAUGGUCUAUGUCCAGUACAUGUUUUUUUUUAUUCUAUGGCAAGACAGCGUUGGAACCGCGUGACGCGGCCUACCUGGUGACAUUUUACAACGUACAAGAAUAUGAAUAAUGUCUGGGGUAAAGUGAAAGCUAUCGAUACACUUAAUGAUGUUCCUGACCUUGUAAAUAGGUUGUUAAAGUGAGCGCUGUCGUGAUUUAUAGUUCUCAGACACAAGCCCACAAAACUGUGCCAGGCAAGGCAAAGUCGACUUACAUAUAUCUCAACUUCAGCCCCCUGUAUACAAAAUAAUAGUACGCCUGAUCCCGGUUUGCCAAGUCACAUUGAUUGUUCAUAAAUUAUAAUGAAAAUGUGUGGGUAGAAAGAGACAUCCUACUGCUGAAGACGGCCGUUUUUAGUCUCGAUUGGUAUGGAUUUGGCCAAAGGUGUCACCGAAGAAAGCCCUGGAGUCGAGGACAUCACCAAAUCACCGACCCCAAGAUCCCUUUGCACAGGCAUAGUGUCCACUGAUGAUGCCAACUCACCCGUCGAAUCCCCAGCAAGAGCAUCACAACAACAGGAGCUUCGUUCCAAUGCACCGCAACAAGCUUUCGAACCAAAAGGAGCGAGUAUCUCGAAAUCAUCGAGAUCCAGAGAAAGUGGCAUGGAAGAUACCAAUACUCUGACCAGGCGUGAGAAAGCUCAGCCCAAACUCAUCCAAGUGCAGGAACAAUUCCAGCAGACAGGAUUAACCAAGUAUGACGCGAGCAAGAUAUCUCUCGUAGCCGAACUGAAGCAAACGGACUCGUUCGGAAAGCCCUUGUCUGCCGUUCCAUCUUCCGUCAAGGGCAGGUACCAGUCUAUUGAUGCAAAGGAUGAAAGCUUGAUGCCUAUUGGCAGAGAGGAUGAUAACGGCCCAAGUAUCAUUAUUGACCAAGACUCUGCAGGUACCAGCGAUUCCAAAACCAACCACCAGACGUCUCCAUUGCAAGAACAUCAGGACAAGGGAAAGGAUUCCACUAUGGGAGCACAAUCCAAGGAAAGACAGCACGGAUUUAAAGACAAGGCCCCUACAGCAGCAGCGUCAACUGAUACAAGUGUUGCAGCUGAAGGCGGUGUUAAACGAGACUCCUUGGUUGCAACAGCAACCGUGGUCACCAACCUUAUGAAGUGGCAGAUGAAAUCUAAGAUGAAAGCUGGAGCCAAGUUACAGUCGAUGGAGAAGUAUAAAGGGCAUCUGGAGGUGAUUCAGAGACGAAGUCGUCAGGAACAAGUGGAGCUACCCUUUCCAAUCAGACUGUAUAUCCGAAAGGAAGUCUUGCCCAUCAUACAUAACAUCGUCAGAGAGUACAGAUUGGCUCUGGGUCACGACCACAAGCUAACACGGGAAGCACUGGCCAAAGAGAGGGAGCUGGCCUCAAAGCUUACGGGUGAUGAAAUUUGCCUGUGACAUUGACGAGUUGACCAAGCAAAUUCCUGCAGAAAGCAGAACGACUUCUCUCAAAUCAGUCUGGACCUCUGGGGUGAAUCCUGGAAUACGAGGGUCUUGUGUCGUUUCUCAGAUCUUCAUUUUUCUAUAGAUGAGACCCUUCUCAUGAACGUUAUAAGUCCUGAGAGAUCAAGGUUUUUCGUAUAGGCAUUACUUCCUUUAAACCUUGUCACUGUAGUUUAUCAUAGCGGAACAUGUCCAUUUGCUGAUAAAAUGACUGAACGGAGAGGAAUCCUAAGAUGUAUUUUAACCCUAACCCCCUAGGGUGUGUGCAAAAUCAUAUUAAAAUUGGAGGAUUCACGACUGUUAGGGUUAAGGACUGAUUUGUAAGGGGCAUUACCGUUUGACUGAAUUGUGGGGUCUCGACAGCAGGCCCUGUCCUUGGUGUGAAGGGCGAACCUUAAAUUGAUCAUUAUGCGCAGGUUCACUUGGCAAAGAAGAAAAGUCUGGAAGGGUAACUUCGGCCCAGAAACUAGGCACCAACUUUUUGGUUGUCGUCAAGUAACUCUGCCAUUCUUGGGAUUGGCUCCCCUUUACCAUUUGCAUCAUGGGCUGUGCUUUUCAGAGAAAAGAAAACAUGCAACGGUCGAGCAAAUAUUUCAGAGCAAAGACGUGACAAGUGAAUGCAAAGACCUAACGGAACUGAAUCCUCAGACUUUACUGGCAAUGGGCUUAGUGCAGUUGGCAUAAUUUAGGCAUCCACGCUCCGUACAUGUACAACAAACAGACGUUUUGUUGGGACUGGUUUAAGUGUGCUGGUAUGGAUAUGCCAUUUUCUUCUGUCAAAUUUAUAACCCU